AUGGCCCAGGGAAUGUAUGCUUUGUACAUCACCAAGAUCAACCUUGCAGAUAUUGACUUAGCGCGAAGCGUAUACCCAGGAUCGUCGGUCACCCCCCAGUUCCGAAAAUACGUCUACCAGAUUUUGUCGUCGACUCGGCUCCCGAGCUCGACCAUUCUCUUGGGUCUCUACUACCUCGCGAGUCGGAUGCGCAUGCUCUCUUCGGCCAAGGUGUUCCACUCUGGAAGCGGCCAGGUCUACCGGAUGCUCACUGUUGCUCUCCUUCUGGGAAGCAAGUUCUUGGACGACAACACCUUCCAGAACAAGUCGUGGGCUGAGGUUAGCAAUAUUCCAGUCAGCGAGUUGAACUCGAUGGAAUUGGAAUGGCUCUUCGCUUUCGAGUGGAAAAUCCACGAGCGCAUCCACGACAAGCAGGAUGGGUUUGCUACAUGGCUCAAGCACUGGGAAAACUGGCGUGCCAAGACGGCCGCCCGUGCCCAGGAGUCUCGCCACGCUCUGGCACCCAUCGACACGAACGUUCCCCGGCCCCAUCGUGUCUCGAAACCGCUGCUCUCCCCCGAAGGUCCCAUCCCUCCGCAGUACCAGCGCAGUUCCACCUUCGAAAACUCCUGGCUCAACCCGACCGCCUCUGAAUAUUCGCCCCCUUCCGCGCCGCACAGUGGCCCCAACACACCGGACUACUUUGCUGUUGGGCCUUGGGCGUACACUAACCCGCCUCCGCCGUACACGCGUACUUGGGUGCCCACUCCACAACAGUACAUCCCUACAGCGCCUCCAUCACAGCCGCCGUCGUACCAUCACACUCCGGCCUACGCUCUGCCUUUCGCGCAAAGUGUGUGGACUGGCCAUGGCUCGUCGUGCGGCUGUCUCUAUUGCAUCAAGCCUGCGGAGCACUACAUGUGCGCCAAUCCAUUCAGCUCGAUGCAACCGAUUGUCGCUUAG